AUGCAGGCAUCACCGCUUUCCCUCAUUCAGGCAUCACCGCAUUCCCCCAUUCAGGCAUCACUGCAUUUCCUCAUUCAGGCAUCACCGCAUUUCCUCAUUCAGGCAUCACCGCAUUUCCUCAUUCAGGCAUCACCACAUUCCCUCAUUCAGGCAUUCCCGCACCACCGCAAUUCUGGCAUUCCCGCAUUCCCCCAUUCAGGCAUCACCUCAUUCCCUCAUUCAGGCAUCACCGCUUUCCCUCAUUCAGGCAUCACCGCAUUUACUCAUUCAGGCAUCACCGCAUUCCCUCAUUCAGGCAUUCCCGCAUUCCCUCAUUCAGGCAUCACCUCAUUCCCUCUUUCGGGCACCACAGCAAUCCCUCAUUCAGGCAUUCCCGCAUCCCCUCAUUCAGGCAUUCCUGCAUUCCCUCAUUCUGGCAUUCCCGCAUUCCCUCAUUCAGGCAUUCCCGCAUUCCCUCAUUCAGGCAUCACCGCAUUUCCUCAUUCUGGCAUUCCCGCAUUCCCUCAUUCAGGCAUCACCGCAUUUCCUCAUUCUGGCAUUCCCGCAUUCCCUCAUUCAGGCAUCACCGCAUUUCCUCAUUCUGGCAUUCCCGCAUUCCCUCAUUCAGGCAUCACCGCGCUGAGCAAGGAGGCAGAGGAGGAAUCGCCAGCAAGGCAGCAGAGGUGGAGGCAGCAGAAAAGGCAUCUAAGACGAGAAGAACCGGUGCAUGAGUAG